AUGACCUUGCCGCUGCCACCCGACCACUUUCGCUGCCCACCGCUCGACGAGUGCGACCGCGAGUACUUUGUGAACCUCGCCAACAAGGCGGCGUUCGACUGCGUCCGCAAUGCCAUGUCGCUCCAGGCGACGCCAGUGGUCUCGGUCUUCAAGAGCGACGUCACCCAGCGCUUUGCUCGCAUGCGCGAAGGGCCCGACUCGGUCCAGCCGCACCUGCCCGCGACGGUCGCCAACACGCAGAUCCACGCGACGAUCGAGCAGGUCGCCGACUUCUUCUACCUCGACACACUGCCCAAGGCUCGGACGUACGCCAAGACUGUGGGCCAAAUCGUGCUCGACCGACAAACGCUGUAUACGCUCGAGGCGCGUGACACGUCUGUGUCCCUUCGCUACGUCGGCAUCGACUGGCUCGUCAUCCAGUGCCCGUACAUUGCCGUCUCGAACCGCGACGCUGUCUUCGUCGAGAUCCACGACGAGCUCGAUUUUUACGACGAAGUCGCCAAAGUGCACCGGCGCGGCUUUGUGCGCUGCCUCCACUCGAUCGAAAUCGACUGCUGCCCGCCGCUCAAGGCGUCGCACGGCAUCAUCCGAUCGGCGUUUGUUCGAAGCGGCCACAUUUUCAUCGAGACGGACACACCAGGUCUGCUCAACUACUACACCGUGUACGUGACGCUCGCGAAUGGCAACAUUCCGCGCCUCUCGGCCAUGCAGCGCAGCCAGUGCAAGCGCAUUUUGAGCCUCGAAGAACACUUGUGCUACGACCACGUCACCACGUCGAUGGACAAUGGCGAGUUCGUGCCCGUGCAGCGCUACGAGUCGCAGGCAACGGCCAAGCAGUGCUCGCGCUGCACGAAGAAGCUGCAUGCGCUCGUCAAGCGAAAGAACUGCGCCAAGUGCGGCCACGUCGUCUGCAUGGACUGCUGCAACAAAUGCAAGGUCGUGUUCCAGCUCGCACCACGCACGAUCCAUAUGUGCCAUCACUGCUUCUGCCGCGGCCUCGACAUGAAGCCGUUGCCGCAGUCGCCAGCCGAGUGCGGCGCGACGCUGCACUUUAGCCGCAGGCACGUGGCCAUGGCCCGCUACGUAAAGGAGCUAACAGCGAGUCAGAGCGCCCUCCCCACCGCGCAAGUCGUCGAUCUCGCGCGCGGGCUCGCUGACAUGAAGCUGGCGUCCUUGCCGACAACGACCCACAUCAUGGACGAGGACGCGUUCGAUCGGUUGUACAUGUAGUAUUCUUGUAACACUGUGCGUGUGUGUGGUUAAUAUGUG